GCGAGCCCAACUCAUCGCUGCGGACGCAGCGAAGCGAUGAGUGAUAGUCGGUUUAAAUGUCCCCGCCUCUGCGUCUGAUUGGCUUAAUAAACAAAAGCAAUACAUCCGGGCAAAUACAUUGUACGGAAGCUUGUAGCUGCUGCCGUCGUCGUGUUGCAUGUUGGUACGCAUGUUGGCAUUAAAGUGUGGCGAAGACGACAGGGGCGUGAUCGAAAAGACGAGAUCCAAUCAAAUCAGCCAUCCGAACCAGACGGAGCAACGAACUAAAGCUAACACGUAGAACUAAUGAACAUCGUCAACAAACUGAAGGUGUGGACGUGUUGUGUGUGUAUGAAAGAGUUCUCGUUUUCUCAAUACCUGACCGUGCACAUGAGGACACACACGGAAGAAAAACCGUACAGUUGCAGCGAAUGCGGCAAGGCGUUCUCUCAAAGUCAGCAGGUGACCGUCCACAUGAGGAUACACACAGGAGAGAGACCAUACAGAUGUCGAUGGUGCGGAAAGAAAUUCACUACAAAAUCUAACUGUGAUGUACACACGAGGAUACACACAAGAGAGAGGCCAUAUGUCUGCAAACAUUGUGGAAAGGGAUUUUUCGAUGGCAGUUCGCUAACAACUCACAUCAGGAUACACACAGAUGAAAGGCCUUUUGGUUGUAAUUUUUGUGGAAAGGCGUUUCGUACUGUGUCUGGCAUUACUUAUCAUCUGAGGACUCACACUGGAGAAAAGCCAUUUGGCUGCAAGGUUUGCGGGAAGAAAUUCACACAGAGUGGCAGCUUGUGGGCGCACAUGAGGAUUCACACGGGAGAUAAACUGUUCUGUUGCAGUGAGUGUGGGAAGCAGUUUGGUCAUCGCUCAAACUUGAUACUUCAUGUCAAGCGAAUGCAUGAAGAUACGAUUUCAUUGAAUUGGAAUCAUUUCGAGGGGUCGGCAUUGUCUGAUGAUCUCAGAUGCGUUGACUUCUGUUUGGUGACUCCACGAGCUGUUUCUUUGAAUCUUCACGCUCAGUAUUCUUCAGUUUGCAGUCAUCCUAAUGUUGUCAAAACGUAUGAGGUGAUCAUAUCAUCACUUGGUCCUGUAUUGCUGAUUGAAAAGGUGGAAACAUCACUUUUAAAUUUGCUGGUGACUGUUGGUGAUGAAGUGUCAGUGCGGGAGCGAGUGAACUUGUCAUUGGGAAUCGUGUCCGCUGUUGAUUACUUUCAUCGCCAAUUGGGUAUUGUUCACGGCUUAGUACACGCUCAUAAUAUCUGCAUAACAUCUCAAUUUACUGCUAAAUUAUUAGACCCAGCAGCAGCACUGUUGGUCUAUGCUCAAGUACGUAAUUCUGCUGCAUCAUUUGCAGACGACAUAAGGCAUUUGGUGCAAGUUUUACAUAUGAUUUUGAAAGAUGCCUUUCCUGCUAUUAGCUUGGCAUGGGGCUUGGUUGAGAGAAUACUGAUUGUAGGGACUAACAUGUAUGGAACGGAAGGUGAAGAAAAAGAUACGCAGACAAUGCAAAUGCUCACUCUUCUUGAACAGAUACGUCAGACUAGUGAGUAUGGUAGCUGCUCGAAAGGAUUGGAACUAUCACGGUGUGAGCAAUAGAUGUGAUAGUAUACCUAUCUCGGUCGCAGUUCAAGAUGGCUUGAUCUUGUUGUUGUGCAGUAUUAGCAUGAUGGUGUUUAAUUAACAGUCUGAUUUAUACAUUGAUGUAGUCUAGUUGAAACGUUGCUGUUUUGUUUUGAAAUGAUGCAUAGUUGUAUUCUAAAAUGCAAAAUGAUAUUUAUUAUAUUCAUCAUCUCUAUAUUUCAAUAUAGUCAACUGAAAAUUUAUAUUGUGGUUACACUUACUUUAAUGUUUGUGCAUGCGCAAUGCUACUGGUCUUGAUUUGCGUGCAUGUCCUUUAGUUAAACUCAUGUUUGAGCUAAAACAAAGGGUUUGGAAUGUUUUCUCAUAUAUAGAAUUUGUUUAAUUAAUGUCUAUUUGAUUUUCUUCUCCUAUGU